UCUCGUCCUCAGUCCUGCUGAUCUAACGGCGCACAGCCUCAGAGACGCGGUGGGGGAGCUCAGAACGUUUUGAUCACUCUUCCUCCUCCAAGGCGAACAGUCGACGCUUGUUUUGUUGUUGUUGUUCUUCUGGAUGUUUCUGCUCUGAACGCGUUAAUCUUCAUCGGGAUUCGGAGUUCCAGCCAGACUUCGAGGUGUUCGUCUUCUCUAACUUUAAACUUGCCUCUCCAAGAUGAGCGUCGCUAUGCGGGCGGCGGACGGCUGCUUCCUGUCCGCCUUGCAACCCAACUCGUCCCGCACGUCCUACGGCGUCCCGUCCGACAUGCAGAUCUCCGACGGGCCGUACGGGGGGGACGCCGCGGGGACCCGGGCCCGCAGGGUGCAGGAGCAGGUCCGCAUGCGACUGGCUGAGAAAAAGUGCUCGUCCAUCCCUCGACUGAACGGCUCAACAGAUUUCUGCCCGCCGCCCGUGAGGUGCUACACUGCCAACCAUGGCUUCAGCUCGCGCUCCCUGACGCUCACGCCCAGCCGCGUGCUCUCGGUGGCCACCGCCCCCCUCCCCUCGGCCUGCUUCUCCUCCCGCUCGGCCGUGGAGACGGACCACGGCCGCUUCAGGAUCAGCCAGGGCAGCUCCACCCUCAGGACCGGGGGGGCCCAGGGGGGCUGCCUCACCGGGGGGGUCGAGGCGGGUUACACCAUCGGGGGGGCCCCGUGGCCCCGCAACCGCCGCUCCAAGUCCCUGUGCCAGGAGGACAUGGAGGACAUCCAGGUGGUGGUGGGCCAGCUCCCAAGCGGCGCCCCCCACCAGGCACAAGACGGCUGGGGGGGCGGGAUGCGGCGCAGCCUCAGUGGGACCCUGGCCCGGGCGGGGGGCGGGGCCAGCUGGCAGGACGAGCUGGCCUUCCAGCAGACCUACAAGGGCCCCUCCCACCGCACCAUCAGCCGCAUCACCAACCGCCAGCAGCAGCAGCAGACCCAGAGUCACCACCAGCAGACCCAGCACCACCACCAGCAGCAGCAGACCCAGAGUCACCCCGCUAAAUGCUGGGUCCCAGAGGGCUGGGCCGGGACGGGCAGCCGGCCCGGGACGGGAAGCCGGCCCGGGACGGGCACCGUGUCCGGGGGCCGCUGGGGGGCCCAGCAGCAGCAGCAGUAUGGGGCGGGGGCCGGGGGGGGAUACCAGGAGCCCCUGUACCGGGCCGCCUCGUUGCACAGCGUGCGGAGCGUGGGGCGGGGCGUGGACCUGCUGGACCGCGCCUCCAACCACAGCGUGGACAAGCUGGGAGGAAUGCAGAGUCUGAACGUCCCCACGGCCGUCCGCUAUCUCCUGGAGAGCGACCCGGCCAUCCAGGUGCAGGGGGCCGCCUACAUCCAGCACCAGUGUUACCAUAGCAACGAGGCCAAGAACCAGGUGCGGACUCUGAGCGUCCCGGCUCUGGUCCAUCUGUUCUCCAGUGAGAACCAGGAGGUGCAGCGCUUUGCGUCGGGCGCCGCCCGCAACCUCAUCUACGAGAACGCCGACAACAAGGCGGCGCUGAUCGCGGCGGGGGGCGUGGCUAAGCUGGUGCACGCCCUGAGGGAGCCCGACGAGGAGCUGCGGAAGAACGUCACGGGCAUCCUGUGGAACCUGUCCUCCAAGGAGAACCUGAAGGAGAAGCUGUCCCGCGAGGCGCUGCCGGAGCUGACGGAGCGCGUGCUGGUGCCGCUGUGCUGCGCGCAGGACGCCGGCGCCAUCCUGCUCAGCCCCUCGGAGGAGGACGUCUUCUACAACGCCACCGGCUGCCUCAGAAACCUGAGCUCUGUGAAUGAGAGGACGAGGCAGAAGAUGAGGGAGAUGCGGGGGCUGGUGGACUCCCUGGUGGCCUACGUCAAGAACGCCCUGCAGGAGGACAACGCCAACGACAAGGGGGUGGAGAACACGAUGUGCAUCCUGAGGAACCUGUCCUACCAGCUGUACGCCGAGCUGCCCCACGCCACCCGCCAGCGCCUGGAGGGACCGUCACGCGCCAACGCCGCCGCCAAGGGCAGCCAGGCCAUCGGCUGCUUCCCCCUGCAGAGCAAGAAGCUCAAGGAGCUGGACCCCGAGAUGGCCUCCAUGUUCUCCGAGGUGUCGGGGAAGCCGCGGGGGGCCGAGUGGCUGUGGCACCCCCAGGUGGUGGCGCUGUACAAGGGCGUGCUGCAGAACAACACCUGCAGCUCUGUGACCCGCGAGGCGGCGCUGGGCGCUCUGCAGAACAUCACCGUCGGAGAGUCCCGGUGGCCCGGCGUGCUGAGCUACGUCAUCCUGGAGCAGGAGCGCAUGCUGCCGCUGCUGCUGGAGCUGCUGGACACACGCAGCGAGGAGGAGAUGAGGCCGCUGACCGGCCUGCUCCGCAACCUGGCCCGCCACGCCCGCGACAAGAGCCACAUGGCCAAGAGCUCGGUGAACGUUCUGGUGGCCAAGCUGCCGGCCGACGGCCACCAGAAGGACCCCGGCAGCGAGGUGGUGGUGAACCUCUGUGGCGCGCUCAACCAGCUGGUGACCGGCAGCUCGCUGGCCGCCCGCGACCUCACCUUCUUCGACGGCAUCCCCAAACUGCUGGCCAUCAAGACCUCGCAUGACAACAGGUAGGAGACCGUAGGGGACCUGCGGUCGCUAG